GUACCCUAUGUUUGCACUCCUCAUACAUCGCUGGCAGGGCUGUUUUGGAAAAGUACUUCCUUGAGGGCAUGUUGUAUCUUGGGUCCAGUUUAUGGAUCAUUCGCUUGAAUCCUUCUUUUUCAACCAUUUGGAAUGGCAACAUAUCUUUUGUCAAACAAAAUGCGACUGCUUCCGUCAGUUCGUUCCAUCGUUUACUUUGCUUAUCAUAAGGGACGCAAUUAGCAAAUGUGCUGGCAAUUUUAGAUGUGUUUCCACUCUUUGUAACGACCGUUUUUCUGCAAACUUUGCAUAUUACGGUAGUUUGCUCCUCAUCUGAUUUUCUGUAACCAAACCAGUUCCAAAUUGUGGAGGUAGGUCCUCGCUUAACAACAAGCUCCUCUUCAGCAUCGCGUCCGCCAUUCUUGUUUUCAUCCAUCCGCACGUGAAUAGUGAAUCGGGCGUGCACAAAACUACGUCAUCAUCAACUAGACUUAUCGUUAUUAUCGUGAGGAGACAAAUUUUUAUCAUUUUCAAUGGAAUAUCGCAAACAAUAAGAUAUCGCCCAUCCCUACUCAAUACCCAUGGCUGAAGUGUCCUUGAGCAAGGCACUGAACCCCCAGUUGCUCCCCGGGCGCUGGAUAUAUAGCUGCCCACUGCCGGGUGUGUGUUCACGGUGUGUUCACCUUUCACUGCUGUGUGUGUGCACUUGGAUGGGUUAAAUGCAGAGCACCAAUUCUGAGCAUGGGUUACUAAACUUGGCAAAUUUCACGACUUUCACUUUUUUAUUAAAGAAAGGAAGUUUAUUUUUGUUGUGAAAGUGCAUGAUAUUCUAGGCUGCCCAUGAAAGCUUUUUUUUUUUCAGUGUACAUAUAACAGCCUAUAGUUAAUGUAGUUAAUACAUUAGUUAAUAGUUAAUACAUAAUAGUAACACACAACCCCCCACCAGGAUAUCUGCAAGCCCACCCUUAUAUAGCUGUCAAGAACCGCCCUAGAUUUUACCCAUUUCCCUCAACUUGUUCCCAGUUAUCUGGGAAUUCUGCCACCAAAAUGCAUGUGCAGCUGCAAGUGAUCUUACUGUGACGUCUACUCCAAAUUGUACUUUAAAAUGGGUCUAUGCAUUUUGAUGAACUACCGUUAUUCACACAGCGCCGUCGUGACGUCACCACUAGUUUCCUUCCUCAGUCAGUCAGCGCGUUUGCUGUGUCUUCUGAGGUGAGUCGAGCAGUGCAGAUAUUUCGCUUAUUUACACAUUUUUAAAAAACACUUUACACAGUUUCUUUAAUCAACUUCUUACAAGUUUUUUUCUGAAUUGUUUUCUUCUGAUAAAACAUUAUAUAUUCGCCUGUUCUGGCGUCUGCAGACUGAUUUAGUUGAACAGGAAAGGAACGUCAGAGGAAACUAAAGUCAUGCAGACAUGAACGAUUUUCCGUUUUUUGUUUUUGUUUUUUUAAAGCUUGCCUGUUAAAUUUUAGAGUGUCAUUGAAUGUUGAACGUCAAUGCUUGGUCUGUGAUCGUCGUGCUUUGAACAUAAAUGCUGACAUAUUUACAGUACCGCCAAACUUUUUUGGCUGUUGCUGUUAAUAACAUGUUUUAAUGUCGAAAAUAAUUUCACCACCACCAACGCAUCUUAUAUUCUCUCGUAGUUUCAUGUUCCCUUACGAAAAUUAGCAUUAGAAAACACCAGCAAAUUAAGAAAAUAUAAUCAGUUUGACAACAUAUGCGAUGCAAAUACAAUGCAACCAAAUACAGAAACUCUCUAAAUACACAGAAAACUUCUACUGACAUCUACAAAAACUUUAUUCAUUAAUCUGUGACAAACCAUGUUUCAUAUAAAAUAUUUAUGUCAAAGUCCAUUAGCAGAUUAUUUGUUUCUAAAACUGAUUUUUACAUUUGUGUGGACAGUCUGAUGGAAAUUUCUAUAUUUUUCUUUACUUCCUAUUUUCAUUCAUGUAUAUUCUUCUUUGUUUUCCAUAUGUUCUAUUUGCAGAGGAUUUGGCCUUCAGUAUUUUCUCUGUGUAUGUGGCUAAAUCUUCUGUUAGCAUUCCUCCAACAAGGGAACCGGUUAGAACUAAUUUGAAGAGAUAAAGCUGAAGGUCAAAGUAGACCUUGCACAGCCUUUCACAGUAAAAUAGAGACUCUAUUGAUUUGCCUCGUGUCUUCCUCACUACAGAGCGUCUCUAGCGUGUUAGAUUGACCAUUCUUGCAAGAAUUAAAGGAUCAAAAAGGUUUUCAUUCUCAUUUUUACAUUUAAUUACAGAUUUAGAAUUUUUUUAUGUGAGAACAUGACCGAUCCAGAACCCUGCAGGAUGAAACACAGUGAAGAACAAACAGAGUUGAUUAAAGAAAACGCAGAGAAUGAUAAAGAACUGAAUAAAAAGGAGGAGAAAAGUCAUGUCAAAACUGGAGAAAAACCUCUGAGUCGCCCUAAAACCAAACAGAAAGGUUUAAAGAAAAGAAGAGAUGAGAAAUCUUUCACUUGCACUCAAUGUGGAAAGAGUUUGACAAGCAAACAGAGUCUUGAGAUUCACAUGAGAGUUCAUAUGGGAGAGAAACCAUACACAUGUGAUCAGUGCGGGAAGACAUUCAGUCAGAUUGGAAAUCUGAAAUCACAUGAGAGGAUUCACACUGGAGAGAAACCGUACACAUGCGAUCAGUGCGGGAAGAGUUGUACACAAGCAUCAAAACUUAAGGAGCACAUGAACAUCCACACUAGAGAGAAGCUGCAUGCAUGUGAUCAGUGCGGAAAAACAUUUUUGUGGGCUUCAAACCUCAAGGAGCACCUGAGAAUUCAUACGAAGGAAAAACCAUAUUCAUGUUCUUUGUGUGGAAAGUGUUUUUCGCUGCCGCAAAGUUUAAAAGAACAUCAGAAGAUGCACACUGGUGUGAGAGAUCAUAUGUGCUUUGAGUGUGGGAAGACUUUCAUUAAAGCUGAAAGUUUAAAACUGCACAAGAGGAUCCACACCGGAGAGAAACCAUACAUGUGUUCACACUGCGACAAGAGAUUCAGUCGGUCAGGAGACCUGAAAAAACAUGAGAGGAUCCACACUGGAGAGAAACCUUAUUACUGCACUGCAUGCGGGAAGUGUUUCACUCAAUUAUCUUCUUUACACACACAUACAAAAAAUAUUCACUGUAAAUUUAGAAAUUUUCCACAUGAGAACAUGACAGAUCCAGAACCCUGCAGGAUGAAACGCAGUGAAGAACAAGAGUUGAUUGACGAAAACGAGGAGAAUGAAGAACUGAAUGAAAAGGAGAAACAUCAUGUCAGAACUGGAGAAAAACCUUUGAGUCGCUCUCAAACCAAACAGAAAGAUUUAAAGAAUAGAAGAGACAGUAAAUCUUUCACCUGCACUCAAUGUGGAAAGAGUUUGACAAGCAAAAUGAGUCUUACUAUUCACAUGAGGAUUCACACUGGAGAGAAACCGUACACGUGUGAUCAGUGUGGGAAGAGUUUCCCACAAAAACAAAAACUGCGGGUGCACAUGAGAGUUCAUACAAGAGAGAAACCAUUCACAUGUGAUCAGUGCGGGAAGAGUUUCAAACAUUCUUCAUACCUAAAGCAACACAUGAAAAUCCACACCAAAGAGAAGCUGCAUGCAUGUGAUCAGUGUGGAAAAACAUUUUUGAGGGCUUCACACCUGAAGCAGCACCUGACAGUUCAUACAAAGGAGAAACCAUAUUCAUGUUCUUUAUGUGGAAAGAGUUUUUCACUGCUGCAUAGUUUGAAACUACAUCAGAAGAUACACACUGGUGUGAGAGAAUAUAUGUGCUUUGAGUGUGAGAAGACUUUUAUUACAGCUGAACAAUUGAAACAGCACCAGAGGAUCCACACCGGAGAGAAACCAUACAUGUGUUCACACUGCGACAAGAGAUUCACUCUGUCAGGAACCCUAAAAAAACAUGAGCGAAUCCACACCGGAGAGAAACCUUACAAGUGUUCACACUGCGACAAGAGAUUCAGUCGGUUAGAAACCCUGAAAGUACACGAGAGGAUUCACACUGGAGAAAAACCUUAUGCUUGUGAUCAAUGUGGGAAGUGUUUUGCACGAAAAGGACAACUUACUGCUCAUCUGACUGUUCAUAUGGAGGAGAAACCGUUCACAUGUGAUCAAUGUGGGAAGAGUUUUGCACAAGCAGCAUUCCUUAAGAAUCACAAGAACAUCCACACUGGAGAGAAACCAUUCACAUGUGAUCAAUGUGGGAAGAGUUUUGCACAAGCAGCAAUCCUUAAGAAUCACAAGUACAUCCACACUGGAGAGAAACCGUUCACAUGUGACCAAUGUGGGAAGAGUUUUGCACAAGCAGCAAUCCUUAAGAAUCACAAGUACAUCCACACUGGAGAGAAACCGUUCACAUGUGACCAAUGCGGGAAGGGUUUCACACAACAAGUAAACCUUAAGGGGCACAUGAACAUCCACACUCAAGAAAAGCUGUACUCAUGUGAUCUGUGUGGAAAAACAUUUUUGUGUUCUUCAAACCUGAAGAAACACCUGAAAAUUCAUACGAAGGAGAAACCAUAUUCAUGUUCUUUGUGUGGAAAGAGAUUUUCACAAGUGCAGUAUUUAAAAGUUCAUCAGAAAACACAUACUGGUGUGAAAGAAUAUAUGUGCUUUGAGUGUGAAAAGACUUUUAUUACAGUUAAAGAAUUGAAACAGCACCAGAGGAUCCACACCGGAGAGAAACCUUACAAGUGUUUUCACUGCGACAAGAGAUUCACACAAUCAGCAAAUCUGAAAUCACAUGAGAGGAUCCACACUGGAGAGAAACCUAACAAGUGAUCAAUGUGGAAUUUUUUUUGAGGGCUUCCUGAAGAAGCACCUGAACGUUUAUUCAAAGGAGAAACCACAUUAUUGUUCUUUAUGUAGAAAGAGAUUUUCAUGGCUGAAAGGUUGAAAAGUCAAUCACGGCAGAGUUGAGUAGAGUAACCAAAGACUGUACUCCAGUGAUUAGAAAUAAUUGCUGAAGUGAAAGUAAUAAUCUUUAUAUUUGGGUCAAAGACGUUAAGAUGUCCGCAUCAAAAGAAAUGUACAAAAGUGAUUUUGUGUCCAUAGAAAGCACAUUAAAUGUAAAUAAAAUGUCUACUUUUAAGGUUUCAAAGAAGUUUUUGGAGA